AUUAUCCCAAUCUCCAUUCUUUUUAUCGUUCGUUUGUUUCUUAUCCUACUCUGUAUUCUUUCUCCUCCGUUAGAAGCAAAGAAUGGAGACGACGACGCCUCCUCCUCCUCCGGCAAAGCCUCAGCAACCACAUUCCACUGUGUCCCAUCGUCAGCGUACGGCGGGAAGAGAAGACUGGUGGACCGAAGACGCGACGGCGACGCUGCUCCAAGCGUGGGGGCAUCGUUUCGUCAGACUCGAUUUCGGGAAUCUCCGGCAGAACGACUGGAAGGAAGUCGCCGACGCUGUGAACUCGAGUCAUGGUAGCGGCCGUCCGAAGACGGACACGCAGUGCAAGAGCCGGAUCGAUACGUUGAAGAAGAAGUACAAAGCUGAGAAAGCCAAGCUUUCUCCGUCGGCUUGGCGCUUCUUUGACCGCCUCGACGUUUUAAUCGGUCCCGUCUCGAAGAAACCUGCGGAGGAAGUUGUCAAGUCAGAGGCUUUAAAGCCUUAUCUGAGUUUAACCGGAACUAAGUAUAGGGAAAGCUCUCUUGAAGAUGAUGAUGAGGAGGAAGAGGAUGGUGACUGGGGCUUCGUCACUAGGAAGCAUCCUCGUGUGGAAGAGGGAGAUUUGAGCGAAGAGACAGCGUGUAAGGAACUAGCUAGAACGAUUGUGAAGUUGGGGGAGGUUUACGAGAGAAUCGAAGGUAGGAAGCAGAAGAUGAUGGUUGAUUUGGAGAAGCAAAGAAUGGAAGUUGUUAAGGAGAUAGAGUUGCAAAGAAUGAACAUGUUGAUGGAGAUGCAGUUAGAGCUCGAGAAAUCAAAGAACCGGAAACGUGGAGAUUGUUCAGGCAAGAAAUAGUGUGGUGAAGCAAGGAAGAUGUACUUAACUCUGCUGAAGCUCUUUGCAAAUUGGAGGGGCGCCUGUUAGUAUUGGUAAUCUGUAGGAUAGUAAGUUACAUAACUCUUUAGGAAGCCUUUUUGUCUUACCCUCUAGCACCUUAAGGUAUAUUGUUGUGAUUGAGCAGAUCACCCUUACCUUCUAGCCCUUUUGUGAAGUUGUCACUAGUGUAUGUAGUAUGAAUUAUGACCAAUGGUUUUCGACCUUGUGAAAUUGAAGACCAACUGAUCCUGAAAGCCUCUUCAUUGCCUUCA